UCGUUUGAAGUUUGAAGGAAAUCAAUAGGGAAGGCCAAUCAAUAGGCCCUAGCCUAGAACCGAAAGUAGAUCGAGAUCGGGCUGAGGUCUGAGGACUGGACAGGGGGUUUGGUUGGAGUAUGCCGAUUCAGUCAACCAACUGUUAUUUAAUAAUUUGUAAUCUUCUGGCACCUAUCAGAGGGUUUUUGGUGCUAAAUUUAGAUUCUCUUGUUAUCAGCACACAUUGUACUGUUACUAGAUCUAGAUUCUAGAUCUAGAUCUAGAUUUCUAGAUCUACGCUGUUUGAGUUUGAGUGCAGAUCUAGAGUCUAGAGACUUACUAUUGCGUGUUCACUUGCUUGUUGAUGCCGAUGAUAAUUACUGAUCGAUUUCAACUUUAUUUUGACUCUUGAUGAUCUGCUGCUGCACGAACUAAACAAUGGACAAGGGUGAUCCCAGCAACGAAGAUGGAACUGACAAUGACAGUGUCCAAGGCUCUUCAGGUUCAGAGCAGUCUCGCAAGCGGAAGUCAUCCCCGUCUUCUGCACAAGCUGAUCAAAGCGCUGUACCAUCAAAAGCCUCUAAACUGAGAGGUGGCAAUGAAUCUCCUAAGGGUGGACAUAGAUUCAUUGGUGCAGCCUCAAAUAUAAAGUCGCUUGCCACAUCUGAGGAAAGAGAAACAUCACAAAUUCAAAGCAAGAGAAAGCGGUCUUUAGAUGUCAUUGAUCAGCAAAGUCCAACAGAUGAAGCUAAGCUGGUGGUUGAGAAAUCAGAAUUAGAAAAAGGUGAGACCCCUUUGAAAAAGGCCAAGCUAUCAGAGCAAGAUGAGCCUAAUGAGGCAAAGCAGUCUUUUGGCACGACAAAUCUGGAUACAAGUUCCGAUGGAAAUACAUCAUCUAUCUCUGUAAAGCCAAAGCGUAACACAAGCACCAGUAAGCUAGGAAAUGAAAGAAGCAAGCCGACGAGGAAAAGGACAAAGUUUUUACUCCAAGCUGUUUUGGAACAGAUGGAGUUUUAUUUCAGUGAUUCAAACCUCAGUAAAGAUAGAUAUGUAAAGCAUCUGUUGGACCAAAAUGAAGAUGGAUACAUUGACCUCUCUGUCUUUGGAAAUUUCAACAAACUGCAAGCUUUACACAAGGAUGGUGUUUCCAGUAAAGUUUUGGCCAAGGCACUGCAGCGCAGCAAAAUCUUACAGCUGAGUGGAGAUAAGACUCAAGUCCGCAGAAUAACCCCUUUUAAGGAAAUAAGUCAAGAGGAAACAGACAGGAGAACAAUUUAUGUUGAAAACCUGCCAAGUCGAGCAACUCAUACCUGGAUAAGAAGUCUUUUCUCCCAAUGUGGCAAAGUGGUGUAUGUGAGCCUUCCUGUCUACAGAACUACCCGAGAGAAAAAGGGCUUUGCAUUUGUAGAAUUUGACACACCAGAGGAGGCAGCCAAAGCUUGUUUGCUGAACAAUCCACCUCCAGAGAAGGCACAGGAAAAGCCUGGAAAAUUUCCAAAAAGUAACAAGACUCUGAAUAGACUGCAGAAAAUUGUUCCUGAAAAGCCUGAACAAGAUAGCAAUGAAGAAAAUUUCUCAGACGAUCAGAAAAAACAAUCUGUGAAUCCAACCAGCACAGAAAAACCGAAAAAGAAAAAGAAGAAAAAAGGGAAAAAGAAAAAACCUUCAGAGUCGGUUUCAGAAGAAAAGCCUGACACUGCCAAUGCUCCACUUCCUGCAUCAGAAACGUCUGAAGUGAAAAAGAAAAAGAAAAAAAAGAAGAAGAAGCGGCCAAGUCUGUCUCAAGAUACCAAUACUGGGCAGGAUAAAACUGAUGUCAAACCAGAUGAACAAUCAAAGGAAGGGGAAGUGCAGCCUUGUGUUCAAACAGAAUCUUCACAAUGUGAAACAAUUAUGUCAGAUGAUAAACAAAAGCCUACAGAUGCGCCAAAAAUGGAAGCUGAACCAGCCAAUGAGGAAUUAGUUGAACGUAAGAAAAAGAGAAGAAAGAAGAAAAAAAAGAGUGAAAGUACUCAGGAGGGAAAGAAAGGCGAAGUACAUGAAAUUCAGUUUGCCAAUGUAAGCAAAACCAAAAAAACAACAGAAGAUGAUGUACUUCUGAAAAGUGAGGAAGUGGUGUCUGAAAAUGCUCCUGUGGCAGAAAAGAGUAGCGCAGAAGAAGUUACACUAUGUCGGAAAGAAAGAAAAAGAUUGAGGCAAGAGGACAUUAGAAGAAAAAAAAUGGAGAGGGAGGAAAAAGAGCAACUCGAAAAUAUGGAAUCCGUAGAACUGAAAAGUGUGAAGGCAAGGGAACGACUUCGUAGUGAUAUCUCGUUGAGCUCUCAAUACACAGAUAGUGAAAGUGAGGAUCCUGCUCGCAUUCUGCUCAAGAGAGAUGGCUCUCAAGUCACAUCCAUUCUCAAGUCUAAAAAGAAGGCAGUUCCUAAGAGAGUAGAAUUUGACUUAGUUCCUGAGACCAAGGAAUUUAUCAGGGGCAAAGAAGUCAGGAAAAGAAAAAAACUGAAGAAGGAGAAGCUGCACUUGAGAAUAAUUUCAAAGAAAGAGUGGGACACAUUGAGAGCGGAGUAUAUCAACCAGCAAAAAUCUCACAUGACAGCCUUAAAAGAAUCAUUAAGAGAACUGAGGCAACAAGAAAAUGCAGGCAAACCUGAGCCAAAAGGCCCGCGACAUUUAGACCUUGAGGAUGUUUUUGGAACAAAGCGCCUCAAGCCGAGUCGGGACAUAAAGAUGGCACAUGUUGAGGCUUUGAAAUUUAUUCCAAAUGUUAUAGUUCAGUGGAGAUGCACACAUGAAAUGCAUAGAGACAAAAUCCGGGGUAUGUUCAAAAGUCUUGGAAGUGGAAUUGCAUACAUUGAUGCAGAAGAAGAGGCAAAGAGCGGAUACAUUCGAUUUACAGAUGAGGAAAGUGCAGAACGCUUUACCAAACUCACACUGACACAGUGCUCAAGUUCAUUUAGUGCAAGAGUUCUGCCUGCUGAAAAACAGCAAGCGUACUGGGACAAAGCUAAUGAGGACAGAAUGAAAAGACUUGGAAGGAAAAGAAAAGAAAAGGGCUCGGAGAAGUUGGCAAGAAAAGUAUUUGAGAGGAAUAAAGCUACAUUCUUCAAAAAACCAAGCAGAAUUGUCUUUAGUGACGGAGAUGAUGAUGUAAAUGAUGAGGAAAAAAAGGACGAAGAUGAUGACAAUGAUGAGGUAAAAAAGGAAGGAGAUGAUGACAAAAAAGAGGAGGAAGAUGUCAAAGAAAAGGACCAGUCUGAGUCUGUAAAAGAGGAUAGUGCCAAAGCAUUAGAAGACCAGAAUUUGUCAACAGAGGCAGCCGUUCAAGAGGAGGGAGCUUCUUAGUGUCAUACAGUCUAGCACGCACAUAGCAAAAUUGGCAAGACACGGAAAUCUUUUCAUAUGGAGCAUUGUGAAAACAGACGCUCGUCAAUUUUUGGGCUUAUGAAUUUAUUGGUAUCAUCUUUUAAAGCCUGUUCAUUUGUCUU